CCUCUGAGCGUGUGUGUGGGGCCAUAGUAUGGAUGCUGGUCUCUGCAUUGUAUGAGUGAGCAUUGUGUACUAUGUCUGUAGUUGUAAACUGCAUACGUUGUGUAUCAGGGUGGAUAAUGCAUGUAUCGUUACGUGUAAACUGAGCAGCGUGAGGAUGUAUGGCUGCACUGUAUGGGUUUCGUGGAUGCCAGUCAUCAAAACCUAAAUCACGUAUGUUGUUUGCAUUACUGACAUGGCUAUUAAGCGUGUCUCAUGGUGUGUAGGUUAUACAUCAGUAAUAUUGAAAUGUCUGUAUUGUGGUAGUUUCAGAAAUGAGUUGGUGAAGGUUACAUUGGUAUGAAUGUAUAUUACAUUUCUAUGAAUGGUACCCUUUGACUCCCUGUUUGUUUUGACCUUAUACCAAUCACCCUGCCUGUCCUUUUCCAUAUCCUUCCCUGUCCACUCAUCCUCGCCCUGUUCUGCCCCUCUUGCCCUUUUCCUGCUUCUCUGCUCCCUCUGUGUGUACCUCUGUCCAGUUCGCUCCCUGGGUACAUGAAGCGCUGUAAGUCGGACGAAUUACACCCUGACGAAGAGGGUGCGCAUGAUGCUCCUUUACCAAUCUCAACUAUGGAAGUACGAAUUUCUGAUAGCCCAGUGCCUGGAGAUGUUGGUUCCACAGGGGCAACAGUCAGCCAGGGACCCCCAGCCUUUAUCCGGAGCAAGCCACCAGACCUUAAGAAGAUACAGCAGCUUUCGGAAGGUUCUAUGUUUGGACAUGGACUGAAGCAUCUCUUCCACAGUCGCAGGCGAUCCAGAGAACGAGAUCACCAGACAUCAUCAGAGCCUGUGGCCCUCUGUUCUACCCCUGGCCCUUCAACCCCUCAAGCACCCACUGCCCCCCUUUCUUCCUCUGACCACGACUCUGCAGAUGAAAAGGAGCGCUCCCCAGAAAUGCACAGGGUAUCAUAUGCUGUCUCCUUGCAUGACUUACCUGCUCGUCCCACUGCCUUCAACCGUGUACUGCAGCAAAUACGAUCCCGACCCUCUGUCAAGAGAGGAUCAGGUCAACAUGGUAGUGGCCGUCGGAGCAAAAGUGGCCCAGGGGAUACUGCGCACCACCAACAUCAUACACAGAUUAGAGGAGGAAGCCCCCACCUUCCACGCCGUCCUUCUCCAUUAGAUGGUGGACUGGCUGCAGUGCUGCACCAUCAUCAGGGCCGACCUCGUUCCUCUUCCACUACUGAUGCUGCUUUACUUUCAGCAGGAGAAGCAAGUGGAACCAUAGGAUUUGUAUAUGAGGACCAGGAAAGGACGACAGAAAAGCAAUUGGACAAGGGGGAUCUGAGUACCUUGAGUCUCCCACCCUGUGCAGCUCAUGGAGGCUCAGAGGGAAACAUCAGCUUGGAAGUCCCAGAGGGUGCACCGGACCCCCAACGCACCAAAGCGGCCAUGGACCAUCUCCACCAGAAGAUCCUCAAAAUCACAGAACAGAUCAAAAUAGAACAGGAGGCUCGGGAUGAUAAUGUAGCAGAGUAUCUAAAGCUGGCUAACAACGCAGACCGACAGCAGGCCUCUCGUAUUAAGCAGGUUUUUGAGAAGAAGAAUCAGAAGUCUGCUCAAACAAUUGCUCAUUUGCACAAGAAACUGGAGCAUUAUCACAAGAAACUGAAGGAAAUUGAGCAGAAUGGUAUUUCUCGGCAGCCCAAAGACGUAUUGAGGGACAUGCAGCAGGGACUCAAAGAUGUGGGAGCCAACGUGCGAGCAGGCAUCAGUGGCUUUGGGGGUGGGGUAGUGGAGGGUGUAAAGGGAGGACUUUCUGGCCUGUCUCAGGUUACACACACUGCAGUGGUAUCAAAACCCCGGGAGUUUGCCAGUCUCAUACGUAACAAAUUUGGAAGUGCAGACAACAUUCCACACCUAAAGGAUGGACUAGAAGAAGAUGGAGAGGGACAGGGGGGUGCUCGAGCUCUAAGUGGAAGUGCCACUCUUGCACCUAGCCCCAAGUAUGGCAGUGAUGAUGAGUGUUCCAGUGCUACAUCUGGAUCGGGCGGGGGAGGAAGUAACUCUGGGGCAGGACCAGUAGGCCCAGGCAGCCCUAGAUCUAACACAUUGGAUGGGCAUCACCAUGGGCACCAUGGGGGUUUUGAUGCUAUCCUGGAAGAGCUGUGUGAGAUCAAAGAUGGACAGAGCCAUAUAGAAGAUACAAUGGAAGAUCUGAAAUCACAGCUGCAGCGAGAUUAUAGCUACAUGACACAGUGUCUACAAGAGGAGCGUUACAGGUACGAGAGGUUGGAAGAGCAGCUUAAUGACCUGACAGAGCUUCACCAAAAUGAGAUGACACUUCUGAAGCAGGAACUGGCAAGCAUGGAGGAAAAAGUUGCUUAUCAAUCAUAUGAGCGAGCUAGGGACAUUCAGGAAGCAGUGGAGUCCUGCCUGACACGAAUUACUAAGCUGGAGCUACAACAGCAGCAGCAGCAGGUUGUGCAGUUGGAAGGUGUGGAAAAUGCCAACGCCCGAGCUCUGUUGGGCAAGUUCAUCAACGUUCUGCUGGCUUUGAUGGCGGUGCUUCUGGUCUUUGUAUCUACAGCAGCUAGUUUUAUCACCCCUUUGGUCAAAACCCGGUUACGUCUCCUCUCAUCCCUGCUCUUUCUUCUCUCUCUUCUUACGCUCUGGAGGCACUGGGACUGUGUUUCUUACUGCCUGGAACAUGUCCUGCUUCCCAGCUGAUUACUUCCAUGCCCUCACAAUGUGAUCUUGCAACUGUGUCCUCCUUCCCACAGUCUAAAGGGAUAUGAGAAAUGCUGGGGGAGGUGUUGUCCAGUACAGUUAAUAUAUGUACAUAUUAUGUGUGCUGGAUAUAUAUAUAGAUCUAUUUAUCCAUAUAUUGAUAAACCUAUAUAGACCUUAACAUAGGGGCAACUUAUUUCUCUUCCUUUCAGUUCAAGGAGGCAGAGGUGUACAAAAGAA